AUGGGGCGACGCUCACAGAUCACGCAACGGCGCAAGGCCGCAAAGUUGGAGGCGGCAGCGCCGCCCUCGUCACGAGAGAAACGGUGCACCGCGCCGCUGACGGAGGAAGAGACGGCAGCGCUGUUUCUCUCGGAUCUUCAGCCCGCGAACGCCACCGCUGCCGGCAGCUCUCCUGCUGAUGCUCCCGUCUCUCGGACCGUGUCGAAGAAUAAGAAGAAGUCUGCCACUCCGACGGGCCAAUCGUCGAGCAAGAGGGGACACGCACCCGGUGGGGUGGCUGCAGCGCCAGCAACAGCAGUGGCUGGCAAAGUGGUGGUGGUGCUCGAGGAGGGCGAGGAGGAUCCCACCGUCUCGGCGGAGGUGCUGCGGCAGACUGCCGCGUUCCUCGCAGGUCUCUCACCGGCGCGGUCCCAGCAGUUUUGGGCACUGCGCCAAGUGGCACGGGGAGAGAAGAGGGGCCGGUCCGCCGCACAGCUUGCGGCCCCAACACGCGAUGAUGAUGAGGAGGAGGAGGACGAGGACGAGGAAAUUGCGUCCAGUGAAGAGGAUGAUGAUGAUGAUGACAGCGGCGAUGCGUCCAGCGAAGCAGUUGAGCGGGCGCCACAAUCCACAUCACCAGCGAGCAAGACGAAGAAUGCGCCAAGAGGCCGUGGCGGUGCUCUGUUCCGCAGCGAUCCGGAGAUGUGGGAAGAUUGA